AGCAGGACAGAGAGCUGGAGGAGACGGAGGAGCGCGGGACACGCAGAGACGCAGAGACACGCACAGAGAGACGCAGAGAGACAAGACGCACAGCUUCACACGCAAUGAUCAAGACUUCCUUGGAUCGCAUUUAACGGACAGCUCGGACAUUUUAAUCAUCGCGAGAGGAAAGAAUCCCUGAACAAAAACGUGACGACACCAGUGGAAAUAUAAUCUGAAAACUCCAUUUGAUCCUCUGUGUUGGUGUGUGUGUGUGUGUGUGUGUGUGUGUGCGCGCACGGGCGCACGCACGCGCCUGACUCUGUGUGUGUGUUUGCACAGAAAAGCUUCACUACAUUGGACUUUAAAAUCGGGACUUUUCUCUGUCCUCCAGCACUUUCUGAGAUUAUUAUUAUUAUUUUUAUUUUGAAGAACACACGUUGCAAUAUCAUCGGGCGAAAAGAUCUGCGUUUUUCCAUCUGAAAGAAAGACAAGAGCAGAGACGAUGGUAAACCCAGGAGGCAGUGCUCAGUCCGCACCAGUUGGAGCCGGUACCAUGUCGUGGAAGCGCUGCGCGGGAUGUGGGGGGAAGAUCGCCGAUCGCUUCCUCCUUUACGCCAUGGACAGCUACUGGCACAGCCGCUGCCUCAAAUGCUCGUGCUGCCAAGCCCAGCUCGGAGAGAUCGGCACCUCAUGCUACACCAAGAGCGGCAUGAUCCUGUGCAGAAACGACUACAUCAGGUUAUUCGGAAACAGCGGGGCGUGCAGUGCUUGUGGCCAAUCCAUCCCAGCCAGUGAACUGGUCAUGAGGGCGCAGGGCAACGUGUACCACCUCAAGUGUUUCACGUGUUCUACCUGCCGGAACCGGCUUGUCCCCGGAGACCGGUUCCACUACAUCAACGGCAGCUUGUUCUGCGAACACGAUAGACCAACAGCGCUCAUGAACGGCCACUUGAGUUCACUGCAGACGAACCCGCUACUUCCUGACCAGAAGGUGUGUUAGGAGGGUGGAUUUGCUCAAAGCGGGAUGUGUGCCUUCAUUCCAGCCCUCGAUCAUUUGUCACUGAAGAUCUCUCAGUCCUGACCAGACCGCCGUCCCCCACACCCUCCUUUCCUAUUCACUUCCGGAGUCGCAGCACUUCCCCAGCUUCCCCCUUUACGAUAUCCCAGAAUCCCUCUGACCUGACCCCUGAUCACAGGCGGAUUCCCAGCGUUACGACGCUUUCAAUGGAAAUUUGAGGACUCCAUGACUUACAGGAGACCGAUCAGACCCUGUGGGACUCAAAGACAGAGAGGGUGGGAGAGAAAGAAAGAAAGAGAGAGAGAGAGGGAGGCAGAGAGUGAAAAGAGAACUAAACCAAGCAGAAGGACAUUUUGGAUAAACGAGAGAGAAAAAAAAAGGAGUCAGACAAAUGAAGCUAAUCAGCUGCAGUGUUUCGUAUCGCAGUUCUUACAUUUGUUUGAUAAUUAAGAGGGGCAAAACAGACUGUUUUUUUUUCCUUUUUACCUCUUUUUUGUUCCUUCUUACUUCCUUAUCUAUUCUCUUUUUCGUCAAUGCUCUUUCUCCACUUUCUAUAUUUUAAAUGUUGUAAAGGGAAUGUGUUUUUUCUUCUUUUUUCUUUUCGGGUGAUUCAAAAAUCAAAAAGACUGGGUAUCCGUGGCUUUUUUUGUGCUAAUCGAAUCAUGAACACUCUUGGUGUAUUUGUAAAACUAUCACGUAUGUAUGCAUGUAAAUGUUUUGUCCCAACGUGGCUACCGUACAUCCUCCACGUGACCCCGCCCCUUCUCCCCGGAACCUGAAACCAUGGCUAAGAAACGCAUAGCUGUCCACUUGUAAAUGCUGAAUGAGAGAGAAAUCUAUUUGUGAUAUUUUCAGAGACAUUGGCUCCAGUAUGGUGUAUUUAAUUAAUAAAAAAAGUUCCAGAAAGGGAGCACUUCUUUCUGUGACCCUGUUCA